AUGGCUGAGUUUGCAGUUUCGACUGUCGUUGAAAAGCUCACAAGCUGGAUCACUGAAGAAGCACUUCUCUUGGAAGGUGUGGGCGACAAGGUUGAGCAACUGCGAGACGAACUGCGGUGGAUGCAAAGUUUCCUCAAGGAUGUAGAUGCAAAGCGAGAGAAGAACGAAAGACUUCGCAUUUGGGUGUCUCAAAUAAGAGAAGUGGCCCUGGAUGCUGAAGAUGUUGUAGAAACUUACAUCGCCGAAGCAGCAUCUCACAGUUCAUGGAACAUAGCUGCAAAGUUAAUCAAUCUUCACCAGGCAGGAAAGAAGAUUGAAAAAAUCCGAUCUAGGGUCCAAAAUAUUUCACGCCAAAAAGAACAUUUUGGAAUCACUGGCACUGCUCAAGAGGGACGUGAAGGGACGAGUGCUUCCCCAAAUGUAAGGCUACGAUGGUGGAGACAGACAUCGCCCAAUAUUGAGGAAGAUGAUUUGGUUGAUCUUGUAGAAGAUACCAAAGCAUCGCUAACACAACUGUCUAGCAUGGACCCGUGUCGCCGUGUGGUUGCUAUUGUGGGCAUGGGGGGUUUGGGCAAAACCACUCUUGCAAAAAAGUUGUACAAUCAUUGUGAUAUCACAAAACAAUUUGAUUGCAAAGCAUUUGUUUAUGUAUCUAAAGAUUACCGUAGAAGAGACACUCUGCAAAGGAUAAUUGUAGCUGUAAGUCCUGAUUGCAAAAUGGAGGAUUUGAAGAAAAUAGAAGAGGAGGCAUUAAUAUCGAAGUUGCAUGAAUUGUUGAAGGAUAGGAGGUAUCUAGUGGUUCUUGAUGAUAUCUGGGAAAAGGAGGUUUGGGAUAGCAUGCAAUCUGCAUUUCCGAGUGCAGAGAUGGGAAGUAAGGUGAUGCUUACCACCCGAAAUAAGGAAGUUGCUUUAUAUGCAGAUGCAAGGAGCGAACCCAUUGAGCCACGAUUUCUCACACAAGAUGAAAGCUUGGAACUGUUAUGCAAGAAAGCACUCCCGGGAAUGGACCACAUGCCUAGUGAUUUGGAGAAACUCGGUAGAAAGAUGAUGGCGAAAUGUGGUGGUCUUCCACUAGCAGUGGUGGUGCUUGGAGGAUUAUUGUCCUCAAAAAGGAGGACCGCAGAGGAAUGGAGAAGUGUGCUUCAAAACAUCACAUGGUGGCUGAUUGAUCAAGAUCGUGUUUCUGCAGUUUUAGCUCUAAGCUACAAUGAUUUGUCUUUCUAUUUAAAGUCAUGUUUUCUCCAUUUGGGUCUUUUUCCUGAGGAUUCCUCUAUAUCGAAAACAAAGAUUAUACACUUGUGGGCUGUAGAAAGAUUCUUACCACAACAAGGAGAAGAAACCGCAGAAGGUGUUGCUGAAAAUUGCUUAAAUGAGUUGAUUAAUAGGUGCAUGGUUCAAGUGGGAACACUAACCUCACUUGGAAGGGUAAAAACCAUUCGCAUGCAUGAUCUUCUCAGAGACUUGUCUAUCUCCAAGGGGAAAGAGGAAAGUUUUCUUGAAAUUAAUAGCGGCCAAGAAAUUGAAUCGCCAACGUCACAACAUACCAAAUGUCGAAGGCUUGCAAUCCAUGGUGAACAUGAUGAUCCGUAUGUUUUUCUAAAUCCAUAUGCCCCCUACUUACGCUCCCUUCAAUUUUUCAACAUAGGGUAUUCAAAAUUUGGAUUUAUUUUCAAGGAUUUCAAGUUGCUCAUGAUCCUAGAUGGUGUUCCCAUGCCAUCUCAGGCACUAAGUGCUGUAGGAAACCUAAUUCAACUGAGGUAUCUAGGAGUAUUAAUAAGAACAAAGAAGUUUAAAAAAGUCACGCUUCCUCAAUCAAUUGGAAAACUGAAGAAUCUACAGACACUUAAAGUCGAUUAUCAUGUUUCGUUUCAUGUACGUUUCGUAUGUUGGUCUUGUAUCCCCGAUGUUAUUUGGAAGUUGAAGAAUUUGAGACAUUUGUUACUCGUCUAUGGAGCCGGCGUAAUGAAUUUUAGAUUGAAUAAUACCUUAAACAAUUUAAGGACCCUAACAAAUGUAGGGGCUGGAAGAUGGAUAGAAGAUGGUCGUUUAGCCAGGAUGACUGGUUUGCGACUACUGAAGAUAGUACUACUAGAAAAAGGACAUUUAAACUCAGUGCUUUCCAACAUCGAGAGAUUGCACUGCCUUGAAUCCUUGUCACUGGAAUUCCUGGUUAACCAAGUAUUUCCAACACCCAUAAGCCUUUCUCAUUUUGAGCAUCUCCACAAGCUCCAUUUGGAUGGGGUGAUCAAGAGGCUACCUGAGCCACAUGAAUUCCCACCGAACCUCAUCAAGUUUAGUCUGUUAAAUUCCGAUCUCGAGGAAGAUUCAAUAGUUAAACUUCAGUGCUUGCCAAACUUAAAGAUGCUUCUCUUGGGAUACAAUUCAUACAACUGGACAAAACUGGUUUGCUACUCGCAAGGGUUUCCUCAGUUGCACAUUCUACAUUUACUAUCUUUAAAGUAUUUGGAGGAAUUGAUAGUGGAAGAAGGGGCAAUGAUGAAGCUCAAGAAUCUUAAGAUAAGCCGCUGUCCAAGUUUGCGAAAGAUUCCAGAACGAUUUAAGUUAUUGACUACAUACUCUUGA